CACACUUGCACACAUAAACUCUAUCAUCUCUAUAACUCUGCUUUGCCUUUUUUCUUUUUCUGCCCAAAAACAACAAAAAGUUUCAAAAUCUUGUCUCUGUGUUGCUCUGUUAUAACUUUAAUUCCCACCAAAAUAAGAAACAAUUACAAUUCUGAAUUUUUCUUACACCAUUACUAUGCAAUAAUACUUCAUAAAAGGUAGUUAUAACUUAUAGUAAUAGAAUGAUGAGAGAUUUUGGAGUUCUUAAAUCUCAAAAAGAGAAUUUAAGAGUUGUGGAGAAGUGUUUAGAUUCUCAAUUAUGGCAUGCUUGUGCUGGUGGAAUGGUUCAAAUGCCAUCUUUGAAUGCUAAAGUGUUUUAUUUUCCUCAAGGGCAUGCUGAACAUGCUCAAGGAAAUGUUGAUUUUAGUAGUUUUCAGAUUUCUGGUAUGAUUCCUUGUAAGGUUUCUGGUGUUAAGUUCUUGGCAGAUCCCGAAACUGAUGAGGUUUUUGCUAGAAUUAGAUUGGUUCCUUUGAGUGAUAGGGAGAUUGUGUUUGCUGAUGAUGAGUGUGAUGAGGGUUUGUUUAGUGGAGGUGAGUCUCAAGAGAAGCCUACUUCUUUUGCCAAGACAUUGACUCAGUCUGAUGCGAAUAACGGGGGCGGAUUCUCGGUGCCUCGUUAUUGCGCGGAGGCUAUCUUUCCGAAAUUGGAUUAUAGCGUUGAGCCUCCAGUGCAGACCAUUCUUGCUAAGGAUGUUCUUGGUGAGACUUGGAAGUUUAGGCAUAUUUUUAGAGGGACUCCGCGGCGGCAUUUGUUGACCACCGGGUGGAGUAAUUUUGUGAAUCAGAAGAAGCUUGUUGCUGGGGAUUCGAUUGUGUUCUUGAGGGCUGAGAAUGGGGAUCUUUGUGUGGGGAUUAGACGGGCCAAGAGAGGGAUCGGUGAUGGAAAUGAGUGCCCGUCUGGGUGGAAUGCUUUUGGGGGUUAUGCUUCCGGGUUUUUGAGGGAAGAUGAGAAUAAAUUGAUGAUGAGGAAUAAUAACGGCGAUAAUAAGAGCAAACUGAAAGGUGAGUCUGUUAUUCAGGCUGCAAUUCUCGCUGCCAAUGGUCAACCGUUUGAGGUUGUUUACUAUCCGAGAGCAAGCACUCCGGAGUUUUGUGUUAGGGCGUCGGCUGUGAGGGCUGCGAUGCAGAUUCGAUGGUGUCCUGGGAUGAGAUUUAAAAUGCCUUUCGAGACUGAGGAUUCAUCCCGGAUUAGCUGGUUCAUGGGAACUAUAUCUUCUGUUCAGGUUGCUGAUCCCAUUCGCUGGCCUAAUUCUCCAUGGCGGCUUCUUCAGGUGGCAUGGGAUGAGCCGGAUUUGCUCCAGAAUGUAAAGCGUGUCAGCCCAUGGUUAGUUGAGUUGGUAUCAAACAUGCCAGCUAUUCAUUUGUCGCCCUUCUCCCCUCCGAGAAAAAAGUUGAGAAUUCCAACACCCGCGGACUUCUCCUUAAUCGACCAGCUUCCGAUGCCAUCAUUUGUUAGCAACCCUCUCAGUUCAAACAGUCCCUUAUGCUGUGUCUCAGAUAAUGUUCCUGCAGGCAUACAGGGAGCCAGGCAUGCUCAAUUUGGACUAUCUUCGGCAGAUCUCCAUAUCAACAAACUGCAGUCGGGUCCUUUUCCAGUUCGGUUUCAGCAGCUUGAUUACGCUGCCCCAACUUCUAGAAUCUCUGAUUUCAAUUUCGAAAGUGAUACUGAAAACAGAGAGAAUAUCUCUUGUUUUUUGACGAUGGGUAAUCCUUCGUUGAGCCCGAAGGAAAGCAAUGAAAAUAAGGCGCCGCACAUCUUAUUGUUCGGUCAGCUUAUUUUCCCCGACCCCCAGAGUUCUCAGAGUUGUUCCGGUGACACUAAUGGAAAUAGUUCAUCCGAUGGGAAUCUCGAGAGGACAACAAAUAUUUUCGAAGGUUCUGUUUCUGCAAGUCAUCAGACUACUACACUCGAAAAUUCCUCUGAUGAAGGGUCUCCCUCUUACAAGGAUCAUUGGAAAAAUGAUCUCGGUUUAGAAACGGGUCAUUGCAAGGUCUUCAUGGAAUCAGAAGACGUUGGUCGAACCCUUGAUUUAUCAGUCCUCGGUUCAUACGAAGAACUGUAUGGGAAAUUAGCAAAGAUGUUUGAAAUAGAGAGCUCAGAUAUGCUCAGCAAUGUUCUUUACCUCGACGCAACAGGCGCCACUAAACGCACCGGAGGGGAACCAUUUAGUGAGUUUUUGAAGACAGCACGGAGACUAACCGUUCUUACAGAUUCCGGUAGCGAAAGUUUAGCGAGAUAGAGAAUGAGGAAGUUUGACUAAAUUGUACAGUUUAUGAGUCUUUUCGUUUUGUUUUAGAUUAGAACUUUCACCAUCGAACCGCUGCUAAUCGGAUUUUGAAUGUUUUGCAAAAGUUUGAAUUGACAAAAUCAAGUUUUGAA